ACCUGACUGUGAGUGUGCUCCAAAUAGAACUUCAGCCGUCUUCUUUCUUGGGGGCUAGUUUCUUGCCGUGAUGGACGUGCAUGGCUUGCCUAUUGUGGGGACGGGAGUGGACUAUACAAAGGUACCUGCGCUAGAGCACAAGAACACGCUCGUUUUCCUCAACUCGUUCGUCACUCAGACUGCGCAGUUUCUCAACAGGUUCUCGGCAGCCUGUGAAGAGAGACUUGGUGAGCUGAGUCUCCGGAUACAGAGGCUGGAUAUAUCACUCAACAUACUAGAGGCUAAGCUAUCAUCGAUCCCGGAUCUGGAGGGAGUGCAAGCAACACAGCAGUACCAACCACCAGAGGCUGUUGCCUCUGCUGGGGCUGCCCCGGCCAGCUCGUCACGGCAGAGGCCUCCCCCUCCUUCCUCCUCGUCUACCUCUGCCCCUCCCACUUCCUCUGAGGUGCCUGCUCCAUCCAGCGGUGCCGAGCAGCCUAUAUCACCUCCGCAGGCAGCACAGGAAGAGCCUCAAGCAACAGGGAGGAAGAAAGCUAAGGAUGAUCCACGAUAUGCGAGAUACUUCAAGAUGAAAAGACUAGGAGUGAAUCCACUGCAGAUACAGAUGGAGAUGAGAAACCACGGCCUGGACCCAGACAUUCUAGAAGACGAGGAGGCCGAAUUACCAGAUAGCGAGCAGGGGCAGGGCGGAGUUGGGGGAGCGAGAGCCGACAACGACAAAGACUCUGAGGUCGGAACCACUGCCUCUUCUUCAUCGAGUGAGCUUCGGACGAUAGUUUUGAGAGUGACUGACAAUCAUCGUAGCAUCUUUUUACGCCACAACAUGCUGUGUGUGUUCACUUAUUAAGUUGAAGCAA